AUGGAUAGCAGCCAGAGCGCGACUCUUUCCAACGGCACCUCCCAACGUCGCAAGCUUACCAAGAAGCCCCCCUCGUCCUACCAGCAGCACACACGCUCCUCGAGUGGUCUCGAUGGUGGCAUCGACGCCCUAUCGCUCCAGAGCAAACGGAGCUCUACCUCGCUGAGACGCGCCCCUUCCGCUCCACCUGCUCGGACGACCCCCUCAAACGCUGCCGCCGCUGCUUCGGCCGCUGCUAUUCUUCCUGGUGUUGCUUCUUCUGCCGCCGCUUCCAACAGUUCUUCUCCCCGCCACCUUCCCUCAACGCAGACGCACCUUCCCAAUCCCUCCCCCGUCCUGCCUCAGGGUCAGUUCGCCGGAUUCGCUCCUUCCCCAACUGCCUACUACCACCCCCAGACCCAGACCCAGACCCAGACCUCCACCUUCCACGCUCACGCUCACGGCUACGCCAACGCCAACGCCAACGCCAGUGCCGCCUUCUCUCCUCACCACCACCAGAACUUCAACCACCAAAACACUUUCUACCAAAACAAAAACAACAACAGCAACAACGUCGACAGCUCCCCCGUUGCUAACGGUGUUGGUGUCGGUAUCGCCCACAGCAGUGAUCGGUCACUCGACCCCUCAGCGACGUCGCCUCUGUCGUCACAACCCAACGACGAAUUCAUCGGCGCUCCAUUUGACGGCGCUGCGGUCCUGAGCCGCAUCGAGCAGACCAAGUCGCCCGUCACUGCUCAACCCCAGCCCUACCAGAGUCUCUAUCAGCGACAGAACGCCCCGGCGCCGCUUCUCAAGUCAGCCACCGAUUCGCGCAUCAGAAGCCCUGCCCUUCGACAAUCCCAGAGCUUCACGAACGAUACCGCGAUGAUGAACGAAAAGUCACAGGGCGGCCGGAUGACGGAGAGCUCUAUGAUGAGCCCCAAGCGCUAUUCGGAUGAGGCAAAGGAGCCUCGGAUGGGCGUCCUGCGUAAGAAGUCGGGCUUCUCUGGGUUCAUGAACAGCUUGGUCGGCACGCCCAAGAAGCCCGUCAUCUCGGCGCCUGAGAACCCCGUCCAUGUCACUCAUGUCGGCUACGACAGCUCGACCGGCCAAUUCACUGGUCUCCCGAAAGAAUGGCAAAGGUUAAUCAACGAAAGUGGAAUUCCCGAAAAGGAACGCAGGGAAAACCCCCAGACCAUGGUUGACAUCAUCACUUUCUACAAGGAGACGACCGAGAGGCCAGCCGAGGAUCAAGUAUUGGAGAAAUUCCACGAUGCCAGAGCGCCUGAUUAUCGUCAGUACGCGAAUGCGAACGCGAACUCGCCGUCAGGCGCUAUGUCGCCGGGCAUGUAUCCGCCAACAAGUUAUAUGGGUAUGUCACCAAUGAUCAGUCCACCUGCGAGCCCUAGGUUUCCAACUGUCAAUCAUGAAGGAUCUUUCGAAAACCCCCGUCAGCCGCCCCCCGUCCCGGGAGUCGUCGGAGUCAAAGGCUCCGGCGCCAAGGACAUCAACCUGAUGCCCAGCCGUCCGGCCCCGAAGCCUCCUGUCAGCCUCCCGAUGAGGUCCGCUGCCUCGCCCUACCCCGCCAAGGACUCCGGCAUUGGAAUGUCUCAGCCCGGUGAGGACCUGCCCCCGGUCGCAUACCAACCGCCCAAGGAGAACGUCCCCAUGCUUCCCGAGGAGCACCGAACCCGAUCCCGAUCCAACUCACGUGUCGGCGCCUCCCCAGCCUACGUGCCGCCGACUCCUAACCCGCAGAACCCGCAGGCGAACCUGUACCAGCAGCAGCUUUUGCAGCAGCAGCAAGAGCAGGCUUUGGCACAGGCGCAAGCGGCCAUGUCUGGCCAGAUCAGCCGCGCCCCGAGUAAGAGACAGCCCGCCCAGCAAUCGACCCCACCCCAAUCGCAGCCCCAGUACCCCCAGGGCACCACGGCCAACGGCGGUCCCGGCCAGCGGCAGCAGGUUGGCGUUCCCGGCGCUCCUGGCUCCAGGCCUCGGCACCGACCCCGCCAGAGCACUGGCAUCGAUGUCGUCGCGGCACUCAAGCGCAUCUGCUCCGACGGAGAUCCUCGCGAAGUCUACAAGAACUUCAAUAAGAUUGGACAAGGCGCGUCUGGCGGUGUUUACACCGGCUACGAACGAGGAUCCAACCGUCUGGUCGCCAUCAAGCAAAUGAAUCUCGAGCAGCAACCCAAGAAGGAUUUGAUCAUCAACGAAAUCCUGGUCAUGAAGGACAGCUCCCACCCCAACAUUGUCAACUUCAUCGACAGCUACCUUUGCGGAGGCGAGCUCUGGGUGGUGAUGGAAUUCAUGGAGGGUGGGAGUCUGACUGAUGUUGUCACUUUCAACAUCAUGACCGAGGGACAGAUUGCAUCUGUCUGCCGGGAAACGCUUAAGGGCCUGCAGCACCUCCAUUCCAAGGGUGUUAUCCACCGCGAUAUCAAGUCGGACAACAUUCUCCUAUCGAUGGAGGGCAACAUCAAACUGACCGACUUCGGUUUCUGCGCAACUAUCAACGAGGCCCAAAAUAAGCGUACCACUAUGGUUGGCACACCUUAUUGGAUGGCCCCUGAAGUUGUCACUCGCAAGGAGUAUGGGCGCAAGGUGGAUAUUUGGUCUCUUGGCAUCAUGGCCAUUGAGAUGAUUGAGGGAGAGCCGCCCUACCUGACAGAAUCACCUCUUAGAGCGUUGUGGCUGAUCGCUACCAACGGCACCCCUCACAUCAAGGAGGAGUCCAACCUGUCGCCAGUCUUCCGGGACUUUCUCUACUUUGCACUCAAGGUUGACCCUGAGAAGAGAGCAAGUGCACAUGAUCUCUUGAGACAUGAAUUCAUGAAGGGUUGUGUUGAUCUCUCUCAGCUGUCGCCUUUGGUGCGUGCUGCCAGAGAAGCACGUCUUGCGGAAAAGGCUAGGAAGGGACAGUAG